AAAAGAAAAAAAAUGGAAGGAACAAAAAAAACUAGCAGUUGUUCAUUUACUUCUGAUCUUUUUGGUUCUAAAGAAACUUCUGCUUCUUCAUCUUCUUCAAUUUUUGGUUCCAUUUUCCCUCCUCCUUCCAAGGGACAUGGAUCGAUGAAUUCGGAGCAAUUGAAGCAUGAUCCUGUGAUUCAGGAUAGAAAUGCUAAAGGUGGAGACUCAGGAAGUACUCCUACUAGCAAUGAAGCUUCCAGCCAGCAGGCUGGACAAAACAAGCAGCCGAGUUCAUUUUAUCAGAACGAAAAAGUACAGCCAUGCCAUCUUAGCUCAUCGUUAUACUACGGGGGCCAAGAUGUCUAUUCAUUUCCCCAAAAUAAUAAUCAGAGCUCUACAUACACAACUUUCAACAAAGAUAAUGGAGAAGAUGAUUCUGGCAGUGCGUCUCGAGGAAACUGGUGGCAAGGGUCUCUUUACUACUAGAGCUCACCACCAAUGACAUGGAUGUUACAUAUUCUCAAAAGGAAGUUAAAUAUAUAGAGAAGCAGUUAUCUACCUCAAUAUUAAAGAUGGAUGAUUACUAGUAAUUAGCCAAAGAGACCAGUAGUUGGUUGAACACUACAGAUUAUAAUUAUAAUAAUAUUAGUAUAUGUAAUUGGUAGUUAAUUAGUCUUUUUCUGUUACAUGUAAAGGAUUAUAGACCUUAUGCACUUCGCUUUAUAAUGUAAAGACAAUGUUUAGGAAC